AAUGGAUGAAAAUCAAGAAACUGAUUCAAAAGGUAGUGAAGAAUAUGAAGAUGACUUUGAAAAGGACCUGGAAUGGUUGAUUAAUGAAAAAGAAGAAAAUGGUGCCAGCGUAAUAGAGAAGGUUUGUGGGAAUGAAGAGAAUAUUAACCAAGGCUUAAAAGAGAAUGAAACAGAAAUAGAACAUUCCAAGCAGCUUUCUGAUUCUGACAGAUCUUUCAAGGAUGAGGUUUCAUCAAUAAGAAAUGACUUCAUUUCUGUACCGAGUAUUCAACCUUUGGAUCCCAUAUCAGAUUCAGACAGUGAAAACUCUUUACAGGAAUCCAAACUAGAAAGCCAGCAAGACCUGGAGGAGGAAGAGGAUGAGGAAGUAAGGAGAUAUAUUAUGGAGAAAAUUAUACAAGCCAACAAGCUUCUACAAAAUCAAGAACCUGUGAAUGAUAAAAGGGAAAGAAAACUUAAAUUCAAAGACAAAUUAGUUGAUUUGGAAGUUCCUCCUCUGGAAGACACUGAUACUUACAAAAAUUAUCUUGAAAAUGAAAGUAAUGUGUCUGGAAAACUGUCUCAGUUAUGUAUUUCCAAUGAAUUUGCACAAGAAAAUGUGCUCCUGUCGCCUACUGAUGGAAAUUCUGAAGAAAACAAGGAUAGGAAAAUACUAGUAGAGAGAGAUGGAAAGUUUGAGCUUCUGAAUUUACAAGACAUUGAGAGUCAGGGGUUUUUGCCCCCCAUUAAUAAUGCUAAUUAUACAGAAAAUGAGCCUCAGCAGUUGUCACCCAGAUCUCCCAAUUUAUCUGUCAGUGGAGUCAAGAAAGAAGAGCCAAUAGCAAAAAUUCAUGCUCUGGCUCACUCAUCAACAGAAGAGCAACUGGCUUAUAUCCCUCAGCCACCACCCAACCCCAAGACUCAUCCAGGUUCUGCUGCCAACUCAGAUCGAAGUAAGGGGAAUGGAAAAUCUAGUCAUAGGACACGGUCUGCAGAUGUAUCUCCAGUGACCUCAACAUACUGUCUCUCUCCUCAACAGAAAGAACUGCAAAAACGACUAGAACAAAAGAGAGAAAAGCUAAAGAGAGAGGAAGAACAAAGGAAAAUAGAAGAAGAGAAAGAAAAGAAAAAAGAGAAUGACAUGGUGUUUAAAGCAUGGUUGCAAAAGAAGAGAGAGCAGGUCCUAGAAAUGAGGAGAAUUCAGCGAGCAAAGCAAAUUGAAGACAUGAACAGUAGAAAUCAUAGUGAAAGAUUCGUUUUCAUUGCAGAGUGGUAUGAUCCAAAUGCUUCACUAUUUCGACGUUAUGAGCUUUUAUUUUACCCAGGGGAUGGAUCUGUUGAAAUGCAUGAUGUAAAGAAUCAUCGCACCUUUUUAAAGCGGACCAAAUAUGAAGACCUUCACUUGGAAGAUUUAUUUAUAGGCAACAAAGUGAAUGUCUUUUCUCGACAACUGGUGCUACUUGACUAUGGGGAUCAAUAUACAGCUCGGCAACUGGGCAGUAGGAAAGAAAAAACAUUAGCCCUGAUUAAACCAGAUGCAGUAUCAAAAGCAGGAGAAAUAAUUGAAAUAAUAAGCAAAGCUGGAUUUACUCUAACCAAACUCAAAAUGAUGACACUUUCAAGGAAAGAAGCAACAGAUUUUCAUAUAGAUCAUCAGUCAAAGCCCUUUUUAAAUGAGCUGAUCCAGUUUAUCACCAGUGGUCCUAUAAUUGCCAUGGAGAUUUUAAGAGAUGAUGCUAUAUGUGAAUGGAAAAGACUUCUUGGACCUGCCAACUCUGGACUGGCACGUACAGAUGCUCCUGGAAGCAUUAGAGCCCUCUUUGGAACAGAUGGCAUAAGAAAUGCAGCUCAUGGCCCUGAUUCUUUUGCUUGUGCUGCCAGAGAAAUGGAGUUAUUUUUUCCUUCGAGUGGAGUUUGUGGGCCAGCAAACACUGCUAAAUUUACCAGCUGUACUACUUGUUGCAUUGUUAAGCCCCAUGCCAUCAGCGAAGGACUGCUGGGAAAGAUUCUGAUGGCUAUCCGAGAUGCAGGUUUUGAAAUUUCAGCUAUGCAGAUGUUCAACAUGGAUCGAGUUAAUGUUGAAGAGUUUUAUGAAAUUUAUAAAGGAGUCGUGUCUGAGUAUAACGAAAUGGUGACAGAAAUGUAUUCUGGCCCUUGUGUAGCAAUGGAGAUUCAACAGACUAAUCCUACCGUGACAUUUCGAGAAUUCUGUGGACCUGCUGAUCCUGAAAUUGCCCGGCAUUUACGCCCUGGAACCCUCCGAGCAAUCUUUGGUAAAACUAAGAUCCAGAAUGCUGUCCACUGCACUGAUCUACCAGAGGAUGGCCUAUUAGAGGUUCAGUAUUUCUUCAAGAUCUUGGAUAACUAGCAGCUUAGAAAGUAAAGAAGUCACAGGUUGUGGUGUUUGUUUAGACAAGAGUGAAUCACACAUGAGGAAUGUGUUCAUUCUUUUAUUGUCCAUUGUUUUAACCUGACUGAAUACAAGAUCAACAAGAGCACUGUACUCCUGGCAAUUAUGACAUAUGUUAGAACAUGGAUUUUGCACUGCAGACAACAUUUAACACCAGUCUAUGGGGUACUGCAUUGCUUUUUAUAAAGUCCAAAAUAAAGAUUUAUUUUCAAACAA